UAUAAAUACGUAGCCACUCUCUAGGUUGCAUGACUCACAAAUCAACCAUUUCUCCUUUCUUCUUAUUUCUGAGCAAAGUUUUUUCUUCCUUUCAUAUUGUGAGGAUGUCCAAAACCAAUAUGAAAUUUUGCAAUAGUUAUUUUCUGGUCGAUCCGACCAAAGCAAGUUUUCUUGAUCUCCUUUUGCUUUUGUUUUCCUCCAACCUGACCAGUGCAAGAUUCAUCGAUUCUCCUCCGGAUACGCUUAAAGGCUUCCGGAGAAGUUUCGCGAGUCGAUGGAUCCUUGCGUUGGCCAUCUUCCUUCAAAAAGUAUUAAUGCUCUUAAGUAAACCUUUUGCAUUCAUUGGUCAAAAGCUCACAUAUUGGCUCAACCUUCUUACGGCAAAUGGAGGCUUCUUCAACUUGAUACUUAACCUUAUGUCAGGAAAGCUGGUCAAGCCUGACAAAUCUUCGGCGACGUAUACUUCUUUUAUAGGAUGCUCAGAUCGACGAAUAGAGCUUGACGAGAAGAUAAAUGUUGGUAGCAUCGAAUACAAAUCGAUGUUGUCAAUAAUGGCUUCUAAGAUCUCUUAUGAGAGCAAACCUUACAUCACUUCCGUCGUCAAAAACACUUGGAAGAUGGACUUGGUGGGUAACUACGACUUUUACAACGCUUUCCAAGAAAGUAAAUUGACGCAAGCCUUCGUGUUCAAGACUUCGAGCACCAAUCCAGACCUCAUCGUCGUUAGCUUCAGAGGAACCGAACCUUUCGAGGCUGCCGAUUGGUGCACUGAUCUCGACCUCUCUUGGUACGAGAUGAAGAACGUUGGCAAAGUCCACGCCGGGUUCUCAAGAGCUUUAGGUCUCCAAAAAGAUGGAUGGCCCAAGGAAAAUAUUAGUCUACUACACCAAUAUGCUUACUACACCAUCAGACAGAUGCUUAGAGACAAGCUUGGCAGAAACAAGAACCUUAAAUAUAUUCUAACAGGUCACAGCCUUGGCGGAGCACUAGCUGCUCUUUUCCCGGCGAUUCUGGCCAUUCACGGUGAGGAUGAGCUGCUAGAUAAGCUAGAGGGAAUCUAUACGUUUGGACAGCCACGUGUAGGAGAUGAGGACUUUGGUGAGUUUAUGAAGGGUGUGGUGAAAAAGCAUGGAAUAGAGUAUGAGAGAUUCGUCUAUAACAAUGAUGUUGUGCCUAGAGUGCCCUUUGAUGACAAGUACUUAUUCUCAUACAAGCACUAUGGACCUUGCAAUUCCUUCAACAGUCUCUACAAAGGAAAGGUAAGAGAAGAUGCACCAAAUGCGAACUACUUCAACUUGUUGUGGUUAAUACCGCAGCUGUUGACUGGUUUGUGGGAGUUUAUAAGGAGUUUCAUAUUACAGUUUUGGAAAGGCGACGAGUACAAAGAGAAUUGGUUAAUGAGAUUUGUUAGGGUUGUGGGAAUAGUGUUCCCUGGUGGCUCUAACCAUUUCCCAUUUGAUUACGUCAACUCUACUCGCCUAGGAGGCUUGGUUCGACCUCCUCCUACUACUACUCCUGAGGAUAAACUUGCCCUCAUUGCUUGAACUCUCAUUAUUUAAUAAUCAUAUCCACUUUAUCUGCCCUAAUGACGGUUAAAUAAUUGCACUUGAGCUUUAAUGUAUUCUCUGUGUUAUGUGUUUUUGUAUGUGAGUUUUUAUGUUGGUAACAAUAUCUACCUUUUCUUAUCUUCUGAGUUAACCAGCUACAAAAUAUUCCUCCUGGCUUAUAUACACUAUAUAUCUCCAUUUUUGUUUCCUACGUACAUUGUAGAAGAAGGUCAUGUCAUGGUCUUCUUGAUAUUCUUUUCUUUGUUGGAUGCCUAUUUUAAGUGGUAGAUCUUUCGAUCAACAUUUAAUGAAUAUAUGCGAUGCCUCUUUUUCUCGUUUUCUUUGUUUGGGCCAAAAAAUGUGAUGCCUCUUUAAGUGGUGGGUCUUUUAUUGACAUGAUGCCUAAUGUAGAUAGGUCCGGCGUUAAUAUGAAGUCUGUCUAAUUGUGGAAUCAUUCUAUAUAAUUAGAAAUGUUUUUCUUUUCCCUUAAAUGAUCACAUCAUCAGGAAAAAAAUCCUAAUCGAAACUAAAAUGAAAUGACUCAAUUAACUUUAGAUUUUGGACUUGUUUUAUAUAAGGUAUGUAGAAGCUGCAUGUAGCAUUGUAGUAUUUUACUGCUUCAAAUUCAAUUAUUUAUGAUGUACAGACCACUUUUUAAAAUCACAGCUCAAAAACAUAUAUUUUAUUCUUCGAUUUAUACAUCCUAAUUUCCAUCAUAAUAAGUCUCUGCGAUUUUUUUUUAUUUUUUUUUAUUUUUU